AUGCUCAGCCUCAUCUACGCUCUCAUCGCCUCGAGCAGUCUUCUUGCCAAUGCCUCACCAAUCAACGCCAACCGAACGGUCAAGCUCCCGACCUAUGACCGGCACCCUGCAGCGAUCACCAAGCGAGAGGGGUGUGGAGAUACCCGAUCUUCCAACUACCCUAUUGUAUCGAUGAGCGAUCAAAACCCAGGCAAUGGAGACCCACACCAGAAUUAUUGGCACGUCCAACUUUCCGAAAGCAUUACCUGUUCGCAGGAUGCCGGAUGCCAGGUCGGCCAAUCUCAGACGACCUCUAUCACGGUCGACUGGUCCCUUGCUUCGGCAGCAGACAUCACUGAAUGGUUCACUGCUGGAUUUGACGUAUCGGAAUCGUGGACCACUGGAAACUCUUAUACUUGUGAUGGCAAUGCUGGCGAAACAGUCUGUAUCUGGCAAAAUGUGGCACAUACCGCGUACUCUGUCAUGGAGGAAGAAAUCAACAACUGUGUCGGCGUCACCAGUUCCCAUGCUGGAGUCAUCCGUUCCCCCAACAGUAACAACCAAGGAGGUGGAUUCUACUGCGUCGUCGGCACUUGCGGAGAUCAAGGAGAUGGAUAUUGGGAAGCUGGCUGCGCUGGCGGACCUCAGAAGAACUGUGGUAAUGGAAAUGUCAUCUCAUAA